AUGGCCGAGAAUGUCGUGGAACCGGGGCCGCCUUCAGCCAAGCGGCCUAAACUCUCGUCUCCGGCCCUCUCGGCGUCGGCCAGCGACGGCACAGAUUUUGGCUCUCUACUUGACUUGGAGCAUGACUUACCAGAUGAAUUAAUCAACUCCACAGAAUUGGGACUGACCAAUGGUGGUGAUAUUAGUCAGCUUCAGACAAGUCUUGGCAUGGUACAAGAUGCAGCCUCUAAACACAAACAGCUGUCAGAAUUGCUGCGGUCUGGUAGUUCCCCUAACCUCAAUAUGGGUGUUGGUGGCCCUGGCCAAGGUAUGGCCAGUCAGCCCCAACAGAACAGUCCUGGAUUGGGUUUGAUAAACAGUAUGGUCAAAAGCCCAAUGGCACAGGCAGGCUUGACUUCCCCCAGUAUGGGAAUGGGCACCAGUGGGCCAAAUCAAGGUCCCAUGCAAUCCACAGCAGGUAUGAUGAACAGCCCAGUAAAUCAGCCUGCCAUGGGAAUGAACACAGGGAUGAAUGCUGGCAUGAAUCCUGGAAUGUUGGCCACGGGCAAUGGACAGGGAAUGAUGCCUAAUCAAGUCAUGAACGGUUCAAUUGGAUCCGGCCGAGGACGACCUACUAUGCAGUACCAAAACCCAGGAAUGGGAAAUGCUGGCAACUUGCUGACUGAGCCACUGCAGCAGGGCUCUCCUCAGAUGGGAGGACAAGCAGGAUUAAGAGGCCCCCAGCCUCUGAAGAUGGGAAUGAUGAGCAAUCCUAAUCCUUACGGUUCACCUUACACUCAGAAUUCUGGACAGCAGAUUGGAGCCAGUGGCCUCGGUCUCCAGAUUCAGACAAAGCCUGUACUACCAAAUAACUUAUCUCCAUUUGCAAUGGACAAAAAGGCAGUUCCUGGUGGAGGAAUGCCCAACAUGGGCCAACAGCCAGCCCCACAGGUUCAGCAGCCAGGCUUGGUGGCUCCAGUAGCCCAGGGGAUGGCUUCUGGAGCGCACACGGCAGAUCCAGAGAAGCGCAAGCUCAUCCAGCAGCAGCUGGUUCUCCUUUUGCAUGCUCACAAGUGCCAGCGCCGGGAGCAGGCCAAUGGGGAAGUAAAGCAGUGCAACCUUCCCCACUGCCGUACAAUGAAGAAUGUCCUCAACCACAUGACACACUGCCAGUCGGGCAAGUCCUGCCAAGUGGCACAUUGUGCAUCUUCUAGACAAAUCAUUUCACACUGGAAGAACUGUACGAGGCAUGAUUGUCCUGUGUGUCUCCCUCUCAAAAAUGCUGGGGAUAAGAGACAUCAGCAGUCAAUUUUGACGGGAGCAGCUGUUGGAUUGGGAAAUACUGGUUCUCUUGGGGUGGGUCAGCAGUCUACUCCCAGCCUGAGCACUGUCAGUCAGAUUGAUCCCAGCUCUAUAGAACGAGCCUAUGCAGCCCUGGGACUCCCCUAUCAAGUAAACCAGGUGCCACCACAACCCCAGGUACAACCGAAGAGCCAGCAGAAUCAGCAGUCUGGGCAGUCUCCUCAAGGCAUGCGCACCAUGAGCAACAUGAGUGCUAGUCCAAUGGGAGUAAAUGGUGGUGUAGGAGUUCAGACGCCGAAUCUUCUUCCUGACUCUAUGUUGCAUUCAGCCAUAAAUUCUCAAAACUCAAUGAUGAAUGACAAUACCAGUGUGGCCUCUCUGGGUCCUAUGCCAACUGCAGCACAACCAUCCAGUACUGGAAUUCGGAAACCAUGGCAUGAAGAUAUUACUCAGGAUCUUCGAAAUCAUCUUGUUCACAAACUUGUUCAAGCCAUAUUUCCUACUCCGGAUCCUGCUGCUUUAAAAGACAGACGGAUGGAGAACCUCGUUGCAUAUGCCCGGAAAGUAGAAGGAGACAUGUAUGAGUCUGCAAAUUCUCGAGCAGAAUACUACCACCUCCUAGCUGAAAAGAUCUAUAAGAUCCAAAAAGAACUGGAAGAAAAACGCAGGACUAGACUACAGAAACAGAGCAUGAUGCCGAACGCUGCGGGCAUGGUACCAGUUUCUAUGAACCCAGGACCUAACAUGGGACAGCCGCAACCAGGAAUGACGUCCAAUGGUCCGUUGUCUGAUCCAGCUAUGAUCCGUGGCACUGUGCCAAACCAGAUGAUGCCCCGGAUAACUCCACAACCUGGUUUGAGUCAGUUUGGCCAGAUGAAUAUGGGCCAGCCUUCCAUUGGCCCCCGACAAACAUCUCCGCUUCAGCACCAUGGACAGUUGGGACAGCCUGGAACUCUCAACCCGCCUAUGGGAUAUGGACCUCGCAUGCAGCAGCCUUCCAGCCAGAACCAAUUCCUCCCGCCGACUACAUUCUCCACACAGGGAAUGAAUGUAUCAAAUAUGCCUUUGGGGCAAUCCAGCGGUCAAGCUCCAGUGUCCCAAGCACAAAUGUCCAGUUCUUCCUGCCCUGUGAACUCCCCAAUAAUGCCUCCAGGCUCUCAAGGGAGUCACAUUCAUUGCCCCUCUCUCCCUCAGCCACCACUGCAUCAGAAUUCACCCUCACCUGUACCGAGUCGGACCCCAACCCCCCAUCACACACCUCCAAGCAUAGGGGCCCCGCAGGCACCACCAGCAGCAAUACCAGCCCCUGUUCCUACUCCUCCAGCCAUGCAGCCUGGGCCACCGUCCCAGACUCUCCAUCCUCCUCCAAGGCAGACACCCACGCCACCAGCCACACAGCUUCCACCACAAGUGCAGCCUUCAAUUCCUGCUGCUCCACCCGCUGAGCCACCCCAGCAGCAGCCACUCUCACAGCAGAGUACGGCAGCCUCCGUUCCCACCCCAACGGCACCAUUGCUUCCUCCACAGCCUACAACUCCAUUAGACCGAAUUUUCAAGCCGGAAGAAUUACGACAGGCCCUGAUGCCAACCUUGGAGGCACUUUACCGGCAGGACCCAGAAUCCCUUCCUUUUCGUCAGCCUGUGGACCCUCAGCUCCUAGGAAUCCCUGAUUACUUUGAUAUUGUGAAGAGCCCCAUGGAUCUGUCUACCAUCAAGAGAAAGUUAGACACUGGACAGUACCAAGAGCCAUGGCAGUAUGUGGAUGACAUUUGGCUUAUGUUUAAUAACGCUUGGUUAUAUAAUCGGAAGACAUCGCGGGUGUAUAAAUACUGCUCCAAGCUUUCUGAGGUCUUUGAACAAGAAAUUGACCCAGUCAUGCAAAGCCUUGGAUAUUGUUGUGGCNUGCAGUUGGAGUUCUCUCCACAGACACUUUGUUGCUACGGUAAACAGUUGUGUACAAUCCCUCGAGAUGCCACUUACUACAGUUACCAGAACAGGUAUCAUUUCUGUGAGAAGUGUUUCAAUGAAAUCCAAGGGGAGAGCGUUUCUUUGGGGGAUGACCCUUCCCAGCCUCAAACUACAAUAAAUAAAGAACAAUUUUCCAAGAGAAAAAAUGACACACUGGAUCCUGAACUGUUUGUUGAAUGUACCGAAUGUGGGAGGAAGAUGCAUCAGAUUUGUGUCCUUCAUCAUGAGGUCAUCUGGCCGACUGGAUUUAUCUGUGAUGGCUGUUUAAAGAAAACUGGAAGAACUAGAAAAGAAAAUAAGUUUUCUGCCAAAAGGUUGCCAUCUACUAGGCUUGGCUCCUUCCUGGAGACUCGAGUGAAUGAAUUUCUGAAGAGACAGAAUCACCCUGAGUCUGGGGAAGUCACUGUUCGUGUAGUUCAUGCUUCUGAUAAAACUGUGGAAGUCAAACCAGGCAUGAAAGCAAGGUAUCUGUUUGGGAUGCGUGAUUCGGCAGAGAUGGGUCUGUCAGUUACUGUGUGUGGUUGUGAUCGUGUCCCGUCUCGGUUGGGCCAGCCUGCUCACUUGUCCCCUGUGGCGUCAGCUGAGAUGCUCCAGAGCCGAGUCAGGACAACAGGGUCUGUUUUGCAGGUCUUCUUUGUGAUCCGUCUCAUCGCUGGCCCUGCUGCUAACUCCCUCCCGCCCAUCGUGGACCCUGACCCCCUCAUCCCCUGUGACCUGAUGGAUGGUCGGGAUGCUUUCCUCACCCUCGCGAGGGACAAGCACCUGGAGUUCUCAUCCCUGCGGCGAGCCCAGUGGUCCACCAUGUGCAUGCUGGUGGAGCUGCACACCCAGAGCCAGGACCGCUUCGUCUACACCUGCAACGAGUGCAAGCACCACGUGGAGACGCGCUGGCACUGCACUGUCUGUGAGGACUAUGACUUGUGUAUCACCUGCUAUAACACUAAGAACCACAAUCACAAGAUGGAGAAACUUGGCCUUGGCUUAGAUGACGAGAGCAACAAUCAGCAGGCUGCAGCCACUCAGAGCCCUGGAGACUCUCGCCGCUUGAGCAUCCAGCGCUGCAUCCAGUCUCUGGUCCACGCCUGCCAGUGCCGCAACGCCAACUGCUCCCUGCCCUCUUGCCAGAAGAUGAAGCGUGUUGUGCAGCACACCAAGGGUUGCAAGCGGAAAACCAAUGGUGGGUGCCCCAUCUGCAAGCAGCUCAUCGCCCUCUGCUGCUACCACGCCAAGCACUGCCAGGAGAACAAGUGCCCUGUGCCCUUCUGCCUGAACAUCAAGCAGAAACUCCGACAGCAGCAGCUGCAGCACCGUCUCCAGCAGGCCCAGAUGCUUCGCAGGAGGAUGGCCAGCAUGCAGCGGACCGGUGUAGGGGGCCAGCAGCAGGGUUUGCCAUCCCCAACGCCUGCCACACCAACCACCCCGACUGGCCAGCAGCCAACCACCCCGCAGACCCCACAGCCCCAGCCACCAUCUCAGCCACAGCCCACUCCUCCCAACAGCAUGCCUCCCUACUUGCCUCGAACUCAAUCUGCUGGUCCUGUGUCUCAAGGCAAGGCGCCUGGCCAGGUGACCCCUCCGACCCCUCCUCAGACGGCUCAGCCCCCCCUCCCUGGACCCCCACCUGCCGCAGUGGAGAUGGCCAUGCAGAUUCAGAGGGCAGCUGAGACGCAGCGUCAGAUGGCCCACGUACAAAUUUUUCAAAGGCCGAUGCCCCAGCACCCGAUGCCCCAGAUGACUCCCGUGGCCCCCAUGGGUAUGAACCCACCCCCCAUGGCCAGAGGUCCUGGUGGGCAUUUGGAGUCAGGAAUGGGGCCCACAGGAAUCCAACAGCAGCCACCCUGGGCCCAGGGCGGAAUGCCUCAGCCCCAGCAGCUACAGUCUGGGAUGCCAAGACCAGCCAUGAUGUCUGUGGCCCAGCAUGGUCAGCCCUUGAACAUGGCUCCUCAGCCAGGAUUGGGCCAGGUAGGUGUGAUGGCUGCUUUCAUCAAGCAGCGGGCUGCCAAGUAUACCAACUCAAAUCCACAGCCUCUUCCGGGGCAGCCGGGCAUGCCGCAGGGCCAGCCAGGGCUGCAGCCACCCACCAUGCCAGGUCAGCAGGGAGUCCACUCCAGCCCAGCCAUGCCGAACAUGAACCCCAUGCAGCCGGGCGUGCAGAGGGCUGGCCUGCCCCCGCAGCAGCCCCCACAGCAGCUUCAGCCACCCAUGGGAGGAAUGAGCCCCCAGGCUCAGCAGAUGAACAUGAACCACAACACCAUGCCUUCACAGUUCCGAGACAUCUUGAGACGACAGCAGAUGAUGCAGCAGCAGCAGCAGCAACAGGGAGCAGGUCCGGGCAUAGGCCCUGGAAUGGCCAAUCAUAACCAGUUCCAACAGCCCCAGGGAGUUGGCUAUCCCCCGCAGCAGCAGCAGCAGCAACAGCGGAUGCAACAUCACAUGCAACAGAUGCAACAAGGGAAUAUGGGACAGAUGGGCCAGCUUCCCCCAGCAUUGGGCGCUGAUGCUGGAGCCAGCCUGCAGGCUUACCAGCAGCGACUCCUCCAGCAGCAGAUGGGGUCCCCUGCGCAGCCGAACCCCAUGAGCCCUCAACAGCAUAUGCUCCCAAACCAUGCCCAGUCCCCACACCUACAAGGCCAGCAGAUCCCAUCUUCUCUCUCCAAUCAAGUGCGUUCUCCCCAGCCUGUCCCUUCUCCGCGGCCUCAGUCCCAGCCUCCCCACUCUAGCCCUUCCCCAAGGAUGCAGCCUCAGCCUUCUCCACACCAUGUGUCCCCACAGACCAGCUCCCCGCACCCUGGACUGGUAGCUGCCCAGGCAAACCCGUUGGAGCAAGGGCACUUUGCCAGCCCAGACCAGAAUUCGAUGCUUGCUCAGCUCGCUAGCAAUCCAGGCAUGGCAAACCUCCAUGGUGCAAGCGCCACGGACCUGGGACUCAGCACCGACAGCUCAGACUUGAAUUCAAACCUCUCACAGAGUACACUAGACAUACACUAG